GUCCUAAAAAUGUCGCCUGCCGCCUGUUCGCCUUUGAAAAUCGGCCAAAAAAACAACACCACUCGACAAAACGGAACGACAGGGAAUAUUCUUCUGAAACAAGCAAAUUACCGGUAUAUAAGACGGCGACAAUCGGACUGCGCCUACCAUUUGUUAUUCAGUUCAGACCGAGUUCGAGAUGAAGUCGACAACAGCAAUUGUAUUGGCCGUGUGCUUCACGUGCUCGUUAGCAGACGCCGACAAAAAUUGGAUGUCAGUGGACGAGAACACUUUACCGGAAGCGUUACCGGAACUGAUGCGCAACCGUUACGACGACGAACAAAUCCGGAAAGCCGUCACCGAAGCUCUGGAAAACCAAUACAAAGUAGUGUCCGAGUACAACGGCCGCGUAUACGAUCCAGCUUCACCCUACGGAUACUUCCGGGACGAAGUGGCCGUACCCAACACCCGAGCUUCGUCACCCGAGUCCGACAUGAUUUUCGAAGCUAACACCGUCAAGGGCUUGAGCAAUCACCGAAAUCGUACGAUCGCCGUCAGAUGGGCUGAAGAUCAGGUCUACCAAGAAGUCAACUGGAACAACUUACAGAUCAAUGGCCGUUACAAGUACUUGACACGAUCUCGUUUCGAAAACGGCAAAUACCAAAUUUCCAUCGACGGUGUCAAGUAUCGAAUUUACUCGCCACUGUCGGCCAAUACCGAAUUGUAUCCGCUUUCUGCACCGAGAUCAGCAAUUUCUUAUGACAAGAUCAGAGCUUCGUUCUCCGGUGGACACCAAGACGUCUUCAAUGUAAAAGAUUCUCCAAACGUGCGAUAUUUCAUAGAAGACGUGGUUUUCCAGAAAAUCGCCGACCAGGUGUUGCGAGACAUGCAAAGCAACGUGACGGCGGCCGUCCGAACUGCGGUGCAGCCGUACAUCAAUUUCAAAAACUACUCGGACCCACAUUUUCCGGAAGCCACCGGACGGCUGAAAAACGGUGCAAACUUUCACAUUUCCAACGCUUUCGCCAGCGGCCUGAACAACACCGUGCAGAAAUUGCAAACACUGCGGGUGGACACGAACGACAACACGGUGACGGCCCAGACGUUUGUCUCGGUUCACGGUCUGGCCGGCACGUUUGACCUGACCGUCGAAGAAGAAGAAGGUCCGCGACGGAGACACCGAUCCGGAGCCGGGUUCACCUUGGACCGGAUGGAGCUGGUCGCCGAGCACGACCUGGUCAGGCCGGACACGGACUGUCGGACCCAAGUGAAGAUCCACCAGCCAAAAGUGCACUCGUCGUAUCAGCCAGGGAACGCCCAGGAAAACGCACAAGCCGAUCAACGGAUGGCCGACGCUUUUGCCGCACAAAUCGAACGACACGUUUCCCGAGGGUUUUGCAAAUUCAUCGUCGGUUACACAAAACGACUUGCCGCGAACAACCCUUAAGUACAACAAUGUCGGCUCGAGCGCGCAGUCAGCACGACAAGAGCUGUAGAUGUAGUUUUUUUGCUUAUAUUCAUAUAUAUUCAUAUAUAUGUCUAAAACU